AUGGCUUCAUUUCAGAUCAUCAUCAUCGGAACCGGAAUUGCUGGUCUGGCAACCGCUAUCAGUCUUUCUCAGAAGACAAAGCACCAGAUCCUCAUUCUCGAAAGCAGUCCAAUCCUAACCGAAGCCGGUGCUGGUAUUCAGUGCUCUGCCGCUGCAUCUCGUAUCCUCAGCAGCUGGGGACUGGGAGAGCAAUUUGAGGCCGUGGCAACAUGUCCGGACUUCACAGAGAUCAGACGAUAUGACAACAACGAGCUUAUCGGUAUCAUCCCAACCAAUGUCAAGAACUAUUCUGCGCGGUUGAGGGGAUCUCCUCACUGGCUGGUCCAUCGAGUCGACUACCAGAAGAUACUUGCGGAAGCCGCUACAGCCAGCGGCGUCAAGAUCGAGUUUGGGCAAAAAGUCGUUUCGGUCGAUGUCGAAGAGGUUCAGGUGACCUUGGAGGCUGGGAGGUCGUUGCGCGCAGAUUUGAUUAUCGGGGCCGAUGGUAUUCACUCACGAACUCGGCGUUCAAUUCCUGGCUUGGAGGACGUUCUCCCUCGAAGAACGGAGAAUUACUGCUAUCGAGCCUUGGUGCCCCGCGAGGAGAUGCUCAAAACCCCAGUGACUGCUGCCCUAGUAGACAAUCAAAGUCAACAAGCCUGGCCAGGUCAGUUCAAGCACAUUAUCUCUUACCCGAUCGCCAAGGGCAAGUUUUACAACUUGGUGAUGACGAUUCCCGACCUUGGUGACGCUCCGCUGGGCAAGUACAAUGAACCAGGCGAUGUCUCAGAGAUGCGUCAGCUGUUCAAAGACUUCCAUGACACUGUUCAGGCCGUGCUGGAUGCCGUGGAAAGCUGCGCCAAGUGGGUACUUGCUGAACUUCCCCCGUUAUCUGCGUGGUCGAGUCCAAAUGGACGUGUUAUUCUUGUGGGAGAUGCUUGUCACGCUAUGGCGCCACACGCUGCCUCGGGUGCCGCUACAUCGCUCGAGGACGCCGAAGUUCUCGGCCUUUGCGUGGCUGCUUGCACAGGGAUAGCUGAUCUUCCAAGAGCGGCAAAAGACUACGAGCACCUCCGCAAAGCCCGGUGCGAGCGAAUACAGGAGAUCUCGCGUGAUAACGCGACCACCUUUGCACUGCCAGAUGGGCCGAUGCAACAAGCAAGAGACCGGAUAUGGAGGGCCCAGAAAGCGAUGCUGGAGAAACAGUUGCAGGAAGACAGUCCUCUGGUCAUCCCGGCCGAGGACAUGACUCAACCAUUUCCACAUCCGGCUCUGAUCCAGUGGCUUGUUGGACAUGAUAUCAUUGGCGAAGCAGAGAGACACCUUGCGAGUCGAGAGUAA